ACUCACACACAUUCACUGUCAUCUACACAAACGCACACACACGCAGCGCCAGACGCCUUUGUGUAGUCCGCCUACCGCUUCCAGCGGUACUUUGCUUUUCAGGAGGCGCGCAAGAAGACCUGUUGGAUGUUAUGAAAAGCAUUUGGUUGGCGUGCGGAGUUGACAAAAGUGUGGCUACUUUUCACGUUUUUCCUCGCUCUCUUUAGUGACAUUUUACGUGACAAGCGUUUUUGGGACCUUCUACUCAGUUCAACAAUCUCGGAGUUAAUUAGUAAAUAAACUGGUUAAUUGCAUAUCAAAUUUCCGAACCGGGCAGCUGGAUAAAAAUCAGUAUUUGAUGGACAAAAUGAAUAAUUCUGUGAAAUAACUCCAAAGGAUUUCAAGUGAUAAUCCCAGCGUGGCUUAUCCUCUUGCGGAGUGAAGAUGUACCGGAGUGUGUGUGUGCCGGUGGCACUGCUGACUCUCCUGGUGCUGACACUUGUAGUGCCCAUGGGCCAGGGCUGUCCAAGGAGCUGUAACUGCUACCAGGCCAGCGAAGUGCACUGUACUUUUCGUUCUCUGCUCACUGUACCUUCUGGCCUGCCUCUACACACACGCCGCAUAAACUUAGGGUUCAACAGCAUCAGCAGUAUCUAUGACAGUUCUCUGGCUGGGCUAAAGAAGGUGGAGCUUCUAAUGCUCCACAGCAAUGACCUCCACCAUCUCCCAGAUGCAGCGUUCAGAGAUAUGAAAUCACUACAGAUACUAAAGCUGAGCUAUAACAAGCUGAGAGAGAUCUCUUCAUCUCUGACCUUCUCUGGCCUGACCUCACUGCUGCGGCUCUACUUGGAUCACAACCUCCUCCAACACAUUCACCCCCGGGCACUGCUCCAGCUGCCUAGCCUCAGGCUGCUGCGUCUGCAAGGAAACAGGCUGCAUCAGCUGCACCCUCACACUCUGUGCACACUGUCCCUGCUGAAUACAUAUUACUUCUCUACACUCAGACACCUAGACCUGUCCAACAACAGUAUAACCACUCUGCCCAAGGAGACCUUUGCGACAGCACCUCUUCUGGAGACUCUUAUGCUGCAGGCUAAUCCGUGGAGUUGUGACUGUAGGAUGAACUGGUUUCUCACUUGGAGUCUGGCUCAUCCAGGCUUAAUGAAAUGUCACAGCGGCCCUCAGUGUCCAAUCUGCUCCUCGCCCAAUUCCAUUCAAGGUCAGGGCUUGCUUGACCAGACUGACCUAUCAUGCAGCUUGCCUGUCAUCCCCUCCCCAGGAAGAGACACACCUUUGGAGACAGAACCCAGUGAAAUUCAAUCAAGUAAAUCCUUUAGAGAGCCUUUAGGCACUGCCUCUCUGAGUCUGUCUGACCAACAGGCGGGCAGUGUCGAUCUGGGUUGCAACAUUACUUACUCUUCUGAGUACCAGGAUAUUGCUCCUCCUCCAGAUCUCUCCCUUUCCUCCUCUUCUCCUCUCUCCCUUGCUCUGUCACUCUCCCUGGAGUGCCCUGUGGAGAGACAGAGCUAUGAGAAACUUUGGAGGAUCCUAGCUUACUACAGUGAAACUGCGGUUUACCUGGAGAGGGAGAUCAUGCUGAGUAAAGCCCCGGCAUUGGCAUACCGCUACAGACAGGCAGCAGAGACAGACGGAUACUAUCACACUGGAGUCAAAGCUUCUGUUAAAGCUAGACCGCAGUGGUUGCUACAGCCAGCCAUUAGCCUACAGCUAAACAGAGCGCAGUCUAAUGGACACAGAGUUCAACUUAUAUACUCAACAAGAGUUUCUGCUCAUCCGGACCCUGCUUCUCAUCCCUCAAGAUCCUCCCCUGCCUCCCACCCAUGGGUGUUAAUUUCAACUAAUCAUACCACCACAGCACUGGCGACAAUAGCAGGAAGUAAGGUGGAGCUAUCAUGCCCUCUUUUAAGUUCUGGUAAUCACAAAGUACAGUGGAUUCUCCCAGAUGGAUCCAAGCUCAUCUCCCCUUCAAGCAGCCUAGAUGGUAGGCUCUGGGCAUCAGCCUUUGGUUUACUUCUACACAAGGUACAGCUCUCAGAUGCAGGGAUCUACUACUGCAUAGCCCGGGCAGGCAGGGAUGUGAAUGUUCUCCCGCUGCGCCUGGCAGUCGAGGAGUCCUCUGUUCCGCUUUCAGGAGAGCAGGUGGGACCUCCUGUCACCGGAAACAUUGGGGAGCACGUCAAUCUCUACUGCAAGGCAUCAGGUUCACCAGUGCCUCAUAUAAGUUGGUUGUUACCAGAUGGAAACAUAGUACGGCAAGGAUUAGCUGUAUCAGGUGGGCUCACAAUACAAUCAAAUGGGAGUCUCUCUCUGCCUAAUCCUUCUCUGAGGGAUGCUGGUCAUUACCGCUGCAUUGCCAUCAACCAGUACGGCAGUGACUCUCUGUCCAUGCAGCUGGAAUUAAACUCACAACAUCCACCUCCACUUAGGACUUCAUUUCCUAGAGGGCCACAGUCAGCCGCUGGCCGGUCAACCAAGAUACGAGCUUCAUUACUAUUGGAGGAAGGGUCGGGUAAUGAAGAAGAAGAAGAAGAAGAAGAAGAAGAGAGAAGUUUUGUUGGCAAUAGGAAGCGUCCAAGACCUCUCCAACCUCCCCCAAACAGACGUUAUCCAAUCCAAAAACCCAGAAGACGUGGACCUAUAAGAGAAGGCUCCCUAAGAAGAGGAGGAGGAUCUGUAUCAUCCACUGACCAGAGAAGAAACCGCUUUGAGAACAGACAUAGAGUUACCACAAACAAACAAAGGAUAGACCCUCAGAAAUGGGCUGACCUCCUGGCUAAAAUACGACAAAAGACUGUUAACACUAAUAACAGCCAGACCAUCACAGCAGGGAAGCCCACAGCUGAACCAGUAGGAGGAGUCAAAGGCAGAGACACAGGAGGACAUGAAGGAGAUGAUGAUACAAAGAGAGGUGGAGCCAAGGGAGCAGGGGAGGAAGCAGAAACUGAAGGGUCAUCUGUUGAUGACACUGAUCUACAAGAGGAAGGCCUACAGCCCAUUCACGCUGUUGACACAGAAAUGCAAACACACACAGAGAUGGAAACAGACAUUGAAACAGACACAGAGAUAAAGACAGAGACAUCCACAGAAACACAGACAGAUAUAGAGAAUGAGACAGAGAUACAUAUACAGACAGAGAAAGCAUCUCCUCAGAUAGAGACAGUGACAAAUCCAGAGACACAGAAAGAACCAGCCACAUCUAAGCCAAUCUCUGGAACAAAUGAAAUUGUCCUAGAACAAAGGGAAGGAGAUGAGCCAGAAGCAAACAACAACUCAUCUAGAACCAGGCCUCAGAACACUCGGCAGGGACUUGUCCCUAAUUUAGUUCCAAACUCCCAGCCUCAAAGCCCUUGGCACUCUCGCAGGAGGAUCGGACAGCGAAGACGAAUCAUCAACAGACCCAGGGGACGACCUUUGACCCCACCUCAACCUCUCCCUGACCCUAUGAACCCAAGAUUACAAACUGCGACACCUGACUCUACCACAGAUCAAAUGAAUAUGUUGUUCCUGUUGUCAAAAACAACCGCAUCUCCAGCUAUUUUGUUGAUACGGACUGACCAUAUUAGGACUGCUUCGAGUGAUGUUGCACUGAAUCUUCUGUCUUCUGCUGUUUCUAACGCUGAUGGUAUCUCUUCUUCACAAUCUGCCCCCCCCUCAUUGACUCCCUCUUCCUCCUCUCUCACCUCAUUAUCCCCCUCUCACACAAAGAUACAUAUAGACAUGGUGACUCAGUCAGCCACCAUCCCAGAGACUGCAGAGUCCACUCUCUUCAACAUACCGACACCAGCACCCACUCACUCGGGUACUGCGAUCGCACAGACACAUGUGCCACACACUGACGCCAGGACACAUACACAUAGCAUACAGACACACACAAAAACACAUACAGCCUUAGGCAAACACAAUGAUAGACCCCCAAGCAAACACAGUGAAGACCUGGAGAGGAAUUUGUCGGGUGUACCGUAUGUGUCCCACUCCUCCACCUCUCUCUUGCCCACUCCUUCCUCAAUUGUUUCCUCCACAGUCCCCAUUGUGGCUACAACUACUACUGCAAAAAUCACAACAACUCCUUCCACUACUCUCAAGAGCAUAUGUUCUAGUCCUGCUGGAAGCACAAGUACGUAUACUACUAUAGCUAGUGAGGACACACUUCCCACAACAACUACAAUUACUCCUAUGAAUACAAGUCCCAUCAUGACUACUGCAACUACCAUUAUUAUCCCAACAUCUAGCACUACCAGAAGUAAUACAACUACUCUCACCUCUACUACUACAACAACUCCUAUUCUUACAUAUACUACUCCCACUAGUACUUCUUCAAUUAGCUCUUCUUCUUCUCCUACUACUACUACUACUACUACUACCGCUACUAGUACUACAAUCUCAUUAAAAUCUAUUCCCACAACUCCUAACCCCACUACUACAACUACUACUACUACUACUACUAUGGCUACUAAAACUACUACUCCUAUUAGUAGUAAUAGAUUUGCCAUCUCAGCCAAAACAUCUACAACCAGUACAUCUUCUACUACUACCACAACAAUAACAUCAACAAGUACCACAGCAUUAUCAAGAGAGAGGCCGAGAGUUGUCCAAGUUGAUCCCAGAGGGAGGCCUGUUUCUGGGGGUCCAAACCAGAGUCGACCUACUGACUGGAAGAACCCUGGAACUAAUUCUAUUCCUGAUUCACACAGCAGAAGGCCACACCGGCCCCCCUCCCCUUUGCUCCCUGCUGCCCCUGGGGCACCAGUUGCAAGAUCCAGACCGAGGAUUGCAGACCCACACAUCAGGACAGUGUCGUUCCCAGCAGAGAGCACUGCCAGGCUGGCUUGUGAGGCUCAAGGAGAGCCGAAGCCCACCAUCACAUGGACCAAGGUUGCCACAGGAGCAGUGAUGUCAAUCCAAUCCAGGGCUCAGCGUUUUGAGGUCUUGCCAAAUGGCACCCUUGUUAUCCAGAAUGUUCAGCUGCAGGACAGGGGCACAUACAUCUGCAGUGCACACAGCUUUCUGGGUCGUGACAGAUUGCUAACCACCCUGGAAGUGUGGACCCGCCCCCCUCGGAUGCAGCUGGCCAGCUACAGAGAAGCUACCAUUCAUCAGGGUGGAGAUGUGCACUUGGAGUGCCUGGCGGAUGGCGUUCCCAGCCCUCUGCUCUCUUGGGUUUUGCCUGACCGUUCUGUCCUGACCUCCACUGCUCCCUCAACCAGGCACAUUACUAUGGACACAAAUGGAACCCUUCAUAUAUCAGUAACACUACCUAGUGACAGAGGAGUGUAUCGCUGCGUGGCCUCCAACUCAGCAGGUACUGCCAGUGCCUCUGUGCGUGUACACGUGUCCUCGUUGCCCCCGGUGAUACAGCAACCCAGAGAGGAACACCUGCUCUUGUAUCCAGGGAGGCCUGUUUAUGCUCACUGUUCUGCCCGAGGUGCCCCGCCACCAAGUCUGCGCUGGCGAAUCCCAGAUGGGACUCUAGUUCGGCCAUCCCAGUUUCUCCAUGGCAACCUUUUUGUCUUGCCCAAUGGAACACUGCAUAUUCGAGGAGUUGGACCUAAGGAUUUAGGGAAUUACGACUGCACAGCAAGUAAUGCUGUUGGAGCCGAUAAGAGAACAGUGAGGGUAGAAAUUAAAGGGGGAUCAGAAGGAGAGAGGCGACAGGGAGGAGCAAGCAAUGAAGAAGCAAAAGCAGUUGCUACUGAAAAAACUCCUUCAUCUUCACUUCAUAAAGACAGAAGUUUGUCCAUCCCCAGGCACCCCUCGAAUCUGUUCAACUCCACUAGACUCUCCCCUUCAUCACCAUUUGAUAGAGCCAGGACCUUGCCGCUGUCCCCUAGUUCUUCUCGCUCAUCGUCUUACCUUCACCAACCCAAUUCCACUUACUCACUUCCUAAAAUCAAUAAAGCAGUCACUGCCUCCCCCACACACUUGACCAACAUCAACAAAACAAAACUCUCCUCUCUCUUCCAACUCUCCACAGUGCCUACAAAUAACACCAAAGUCUCGCCCAGCAUUUUAAACAACACAAGAGUUACUUUUUCUUCCCCCUCUGACAAAAGCAGAGCCUCAGUUGCUUUGCCCAUCUCCCCCUUCAAUAAAGCCCGUAUUGUCUCUGUGUCACCCUCCAUCACAACUGUCCAAUAUGGGGGGGGUUUGCAGCUCCACUGCUCUGUAACUGGCAACCCAUCACCCAUCAUCAUUUGGAGGACCCCGCACAGGAAACUGGUGGACGUGCACUUCAGUUUUGACCGACGUCUGAAGGUGCACCCUAAUGGCACCCUGUCAGUUCAGGCAGUAACAGAGAAGGAUGCUGGAGACUACCUCUGUAUCGCGCGCAACAAGGUCUCAGAUGAUUAUCGCCUCCUGCGUGUCUCUGUAGCUACCAAGCCUGCCAAGAUAGAGCCCAAGCAGCCACUCAAUCAGAUGGUGUCAUUUGGCAAACCACUGAAGGUGGACUGCCUGGCAUCAGGACUGCCUGACCCAGCUGUCCGUUGGAGCCUACCAGAUGGAACCAUGGUGAACAGCGUGUUGCAGGGGGAAGACAGAGGAGGGCGAGCACAGAGGUUAACUGUGUUUGACAAUGGGACAUUACUGGUUCUAGCAGUGGGUAUGGGAGAAGAGGGAGAGUACACGUGUUAUGCUGAGAAUCAAGGAGGUCAAGACACUAUGAAGAUCAAAGUAAAGGUCAUGAUGACAUCUCCACCAACCUUCACUGAUAACAGAAGCCACCACGUCAUCAAAGUACAUCAUGGAGCAACCGCCACAAUUCGCUGCCAGGCUGCAGGAGUUCCCGCCCCGACGGUGACAUGGCUUUCCCCGUCACAACGUGUCAUUCCACGAAGUUUGGGAUCUGGUUUUUAUUCUGAGCGGGUUGUGGUGGUUUCAGAUGGAACUCUGGAGGUUCGUCUGGCUCAAAAGAUCGACACAGGAAACUAUACAUGCCGAGCUAGCAACCCAGCCGGGGAGAGGAGCAUGGUGGUGGGCCUGGAGGUGGAGGCUCACACCCAUGGAUUGAGUGGCCAUGUGGGAGGAAGAGGUUGGAGUACUAGCAAUGGGCCUGGCAUUAAUCAUAACAGUCGAUCAGGGGAUAGCAUUAAUAAUGCAGGGAUAAACCAGUAUGGAUUUACCAAUAGAGACACAAGCAAGCUUGGUAGCAAUAACAGCAGUAAUAGUAGCUAUAGUGAUCAUAAUGGCAGGAUAAGAAACAUUGUACCAAACGCUGGAGCUAACAUAGCAACCAGUAGCUUUAAUCCUGCCAUUCGGAGUGAUAGUCGAGAUGGAUUGAACAGGCCUUUUAGUGGAAUUACAACACAACUUGGUAGCAGUGCAAUUGGUGUCGGGGCGAGCGCGGCUAGGAAUAUAGGCAUUAAAGCAGGUAACAUUGGAAUAAAUCUAAAUGGACCUGGCAUUAUGAGUAAUAGUAACAGUCCCAGCGCAGUUAGAAAAGAUGGUGUAGAAAGGAAUCCUGGGACUAACAAUAAUGAAGUCAUUGUACGAAAGACUGGCAAUGAUGCUAACACCAGUAGAGACAAUGGCAGGACAAGUGGUACUUCCAGAAAUGUUGGAGUUGUUAGCAGCAGUGCGUCUAACACUGGAGCUGGUACUGGCACACUCAGAGGAAAUGCAUUUAGUAGUAGUAGUAGUAGUAGUAGUAGUACUAGUAGUAGUAGUAGUAGUAGAAGUAGUACUAGUAUAGCAGCUAGUAACACAGGUACUAAAAACUCUACUAACACAGUUGUGGGUGUGGUAACUACAGUGAAGCAGCAGGCAGUGAAAGGCCAAACUGUUGUUUUGCCAUGCCCCUCCCAAGGCUCCCCUCCCCCUCGUCUGGCCUGGCUUCUGCCUGGUAAUAGCGUGUUCCCAGCUCCUUACUACGGCAGCCGACUUACUGUGCACCGAAACGGCUCCUUGGAGCUUCGAGGAGUGCGGGCCAGUGAUGGCGGGACCUUGGUAUGUGUGGUUAGAGGUGAGAGAGGACAGACAAGAAUACAGGUGGAGCUGGAGGUCUCUGAGCCACAGGAGAAGGCCAGAUCUCCACAAAGGGGAAUGCCUGUGCAGAAAAGUGCUGGUUUAAUAGAGGUGCCUCACUCAGGAGCUUCAUUGGAUUCAGCUCAGUCCUUAAGCUCAAGGCCAGUGUCGCCUGAGACGCUACAUCCAAGAAUACCAGUUACUCAAAAGCCCCUAAACAGAGCCCAGCCUUUACCUGCUGCACCUCGUCCAAUUCGUCCUCCACCCCACUCAACUAGCCGCAUCGCAGAGCCAGCAGUGAGCACUAGAACAGCUCCCUUAGUGAGCAUCAUUAAUGGAGAGACCCUUCGCCUGCUUUGCCCUGCUUCUCACACCCAUGGCUCUCUCUCAUGGACCAUGCCCAGCGGCAAGGUACUGUCCCAGGGCGAGAGUGGGGACUCAGGCCGAUAUCUAGUCCAAGAGGAUGGAACACUAACAGUACAACAGGCUUCCGUGUUCGACCGUGGCACCUACACCUGCAGAUCCACCGCUGAAGACUUCUCCUCAGUUUCAGUUGUCACGGUUCCUGUCAUUGUCAUCGCCUACCCCCCACGCAUCACAACAGGCCCCUCCCCUGCGACCUACACACGAUCCGGGGUUGCGGUGGAGCUGCCGUGCCUGACGAUAGCAACACCCCGGGCGACAAUCACCUGGGAAACACCAGACCUGACGCAGCUGAGGGUGAUGGGUCAGGCUCGUAUCUACGGCAACCGUUACCUUAGCCCUCAAGGUUCCUUGGUGAUACAGCACCCGACAAGUAAGGAUACAGGAUUUUACAGAUGCACCGCCAAAAAUGUAAUAGGAGUGGACACCAAAGCGACUUACCUGCAUGUUAUAUAAUUGAGUGAAGCAAACGC